AUGGUUGGACGAUUAGAUUGUGGAUAUUUAUUAACACCAACUGGUCAACUCAAUAUUGCUGAAUUGAUUUGUUUAAUUGGAGCUUUGAUUAGUGUUGGAUUUACAUCACGUUUAUAUUGUGAAUUAGUUGAUAAUUUACAAUAUAUUUAUCCUCAAUUAAAUACAUUACUUGUUCGAUCUUUAUUUCAAUCAUUUGCUUUAUUUUGUUUUACUAUAACACUUGUAAUUCUUAUAAUACAUAUUUCUGGUAUAAGAUUUUCUGGUAGAAAUUAUUAUUAUAUAAAUCAACUUUGUUUAAUGUUUAAUAUUUUUAUGGGACUUAUGAUGAUAACAAUUGGUAUAUGUGCAGCAUUUUGGGAAGAUAAAUUAAGACGUACACCUGAUAUUAUUCAACGUGGUUAUUUUGUAGAUAGAUAUCAAUAUAUAUAUGGUGAAAUAACACAUCCACGACCAGGUGCAGCAGCUGCUGCUGCAAUUCUUGGUAUUUUGGCAGGUAUUCUAUUUAUUAUUGAAGCUUUUAUAAGACCGAUGUUAAAUACGAGUACAACACAUAGUCCAGAUUAUUAUACAAAACCAAUUGUAUCAUAUCGUGCUCCAAUAAAGAAUAUCAAUGAUGAACGUAUAAUACCAAUUGAAAGAACAGUAACAUCAUAUUUACCAAGUCGAUUUUAA